GCCGGCGCCCAGAAACACAACUGUUUCGUAAUCCGCGCGCAGCCCAUCACCGGCACCAGCACCAGCACCGACACCGAGAGCCAAUACCAGCGCCACAAGGACGCAGAUUUCAUCGAGCCAUUCCCGCUCCGCGCCUACGGCAACUGGGUCCAGGAGAAGCAAGAGGUCAAGACGCGAUUAUCCUGGCGCUCGCUCGAGGAGCCCGGAACGUUCUUCUCGCACCAGGAUACCGCCGACUGGCACUAUUAUGUGUAUUCGCAGCAGCAACCACCUUGUCCUAAUUCCCGUGGAGGGGUGGGUGCGGCGGACGCGGAGCGGUUGCCGCUUAUUGCCCUGGCGGCGCGGUGUUUGGAGAAGCAGGUGAGGGGCGAUGUGGUGGUUGUGCGGUUCUCGGCCAUCGAAGUGGAUAACUAUGAGGAGGAGUUCUCGGCGAAUGAGCUGGUGCGUACCGUGGGAAAUUAUCGGACUGUGAGGGAUGCGAAGGCUGAGCAUGAGCGGAGGGAGAGGGAGCGGAUCGCGGCCAAGUUUGGGCUGAAUUGA